CGCGCGGUGCUGAUGUUGAGGGAUGCUAAAUGAUGGCGCAGCGUCACCGCCACGUGUUCGUCCGGAAAAAUGUUUGGAUGUGUCGGAAUGCGUCGGGGAGGAUGGCGGGGGUGCAGUCACAAGGUUCCGGACUGUUGCUGGAAGACGAGAAACACGUGCAGUGGGCGGGCCUCGGCGGAGCAGCAGCACGUGGCUUUGACGAGCUCCCAGUCGCCGCUCACUCCAGUCAGUCUGUUCCCGCAUCUGCAGGAGACAAGCUCAGCAUGGCUGUGGAGAUGGAGCCUUCGGAUGUAAUCCGCCUGAUAAUGCAAUACCUAAAGGAGAACAACCUCUACAGAACAUUGAGUACGUUACAGGAAGAAACAACAGUGUCGCUCAACACUGUGGAAAGCAUCGACAGCUUCAUCGCAGACAUCCAACGUGGACACUGGGACUCGGUCUUGCUAGCAAUUGAAUCGCUCAAACUGCCCGACAACACACUCAUUGACCUUUAUGAACAGGUGGUGACGGAGCUGAUCGAAAUGAGGGAGGUGGGCGCCGCCCGUUCACUCCUCAGACAAACCGACCCGAUGAUCAUGUUGAAGCAGACCCAGCCCGAGAGGCACAGCCACCUGGAACACCUGCUCACACUCUCCUACUUUGACCCGCGUGAGGCAUACCCAAAAGGCAGCAGCAAGGAGAAGCGACGCAGGGCCAUCGCAGAGGAGCUGGUAAGGGAGGUCAGCGUGGUGCCGCCGUCACGCCUCAUGGGCCUUCUGGAAGAAGUUGGUUCAUUGAGACUGAACACACCGGAGAGUCUCUCACCUGAAAUGACCAUUGAGACUCUGAGCAACAAGGACAGACAUGCAGAGAAAGAGACUUGUCCGACCCAGUUGUACCGUCACAUUAAGUUUGGACGGCGGUCACACGUGGAAUGCGCUCGAUUCUCCCCCGAUGGCAAGUACUUAAUCUCUGGCUCGGUGGACGGCUUCAUUGAAGUGUGGAACUUCCACACAGGCAACAUAAGCAAGGAUUUAAAGUACCAGGCCCAAGACAGCUUCAUGAUGAUGGAUGAUGCAGUAUUGUGUAUGUCCUUCAGCCAGGAUUCAGAUUUACUCGCCACUGGAGCUCAGAAUGGAAAAAUAAAGGUGUGGAAAAUCCAGAGUGGCCUGUGCCUGCGCAGGUUUGAACACGCGCACAACAAAGGUGUGACCUCGUUGAGUUUCUCCAAGGACAGCAACCAAAUCCUCAGUGCAUCUUUUGACCACACCAUCAGGGUCCAUGAGCUGCGCUCGGGCCAGACACUGAAAGAGUUAAAUGGACAUCUAUCGUUUGUGAACGAUGCAUCUUUCACUCAAGACGGCUUUCACAUCAUCAGUGCAUCGUCGGAUGGAACCGUCAAGAUUUGGAACAGCCAAACUUGUGAAUGCAUCCACACGUACAAAUCUCUCUCGGGGGCUUCGGAUGUCCCCGUGAACAACGUGACGGUUCUUCCCCAAAAUCCGCAGUUCUUUGUGGUUUGCAACCACUCCAGCACGGUCGUUGUCAUGAACACACAGGGUCAGACUGUCAAGACAUUCAGCGGAGGUAAAAAGUUGGGAGCAAAGUUUGUGUGCUGCACCGUGUCCCCCCAAGGCGAGUGGAUUUACUGUGUAGGAGAAGAUUUGGUGCUCUACUGCUUCAACUACGUGACAGCAAGGCUGGAGAAAACUCUGACGGUCCAUGAGAAAGACGUAAUUGGCAUCACUCACCACCCACACGAGAAUCUGAUUGCUACUUACAGCGAAGAUGGCCUCCUGAGACUGUGGAAGCCUUAGACUGCCGACUGAAGGUCUCGCUGGACUUGGAGUACCUCACAGAUGUCAUUUGCACUCCGAUGCGCACGAAAAGUAGUAUGAUACUGAAUUGACAACUAUGUACACUACUGUAUAAUGCAAUGCAUUCUUGUAGAGUGAACUAAAGUUCCUUCGAUGCAUUUUAUAGCAGAGCAUACACCGAACCAUCGUGACACACAGAUGCGCCAAAUUAGAGUUCCUCAAAAAUGCACAGAAAUGGCAGUUUAGUGGUUCACAUAGCUGGAGCUGCCUUUCAUGCAGCUGGCAUGGGCUGAGCCUUUACCUCAACAGGCAGAGCGUUAAAUUGGAAAGGAUGGGUGGAUGUCACCACACUGGAAAAAAAAAAAAGAAAAAUUAAUUCAGGAUGAUAAAGAUGCUUAGUAAAUUGUGCAUCCAGCAUAUGAUAGCAAUUUUGUGAUAGUGUGUACAUAUGACCCCGAGGAGCUUUGUUCACGUUCGGACUAUCCAUUUGUGAUCUUCAGGCGAUCGUACUGUAUAUUGUCAGUAUUCAAACAAUGAUGUCCUUUUCAAAAGCAGAUUUCCAUGAAUUUUUAAAGAUUUACAGCAUCAAAGAUAAGCAAUAUUUAAAUAAAGGAAACUGGUCACUCGUCAUCGUUUCCUCUGCAGGUGAGAAAGGGGAAAAGAAAAAAGGAAACGCUGGUAGCAAAACACUAAAAGUGGAUUAAGCCUUUUGUGAAUUUUGUUUUAUUUCUUAGCUCAGAGAUCAAAUGAUAGCCUCUUUUUUAAAACAGGUGAUUUUAUGAAUGCAUUCCCACUUUAUGGUCUUAUUGUGUCAGUCUGAGUGGGAAAUACUGUACUUCCUCAUUAUUAAAAAAAUUUACCAGCGCCGUUUAAAACCCUCCAUUUUCAUCUCUCAUUUGUGAAAAUGUAUGACAGUUCUUUGUUUGGCCGAAAACAAACAGCAUCAGGAAUAUCAUACAGUUUUACUGUAUGCAUACAGCAACUUUUGUUAAUGUUUUUUUUUUUUUGUAUCAGUAUUUUCAGUCUUGUCAGUUUCCGCAUGCUACCUCAGUGCUUAAUCUCACUCACAUCGAGCUAUUUUAGCGUUUGCAUGACAACUACAUUGUCUCAUUAAAACUGCAGUGACGCACUGUACGUAGAAUUUAUGCCACGUCACAUGGCUCUUUGCGGUACAAACAACUUUCUCGGCAAUGUAAAGUUGCACGUCCUAUGGUACUGUCUGUCAAUUGUCACUGUUAUGUAAAUAAAAUUAACAGUAUGUACCUGUA